CAAUCAUAGGAUAGCUACUGGACUGGUGCGAGACGUCCCAAUAUACGCGUUGGUCUGUUCACUGAGUCCUUGGGUAGUUUUGGCGAGCAGCACGCAUCGUAAAAUUAGGUCAGCGAAUCUCCAUCAAAGAGGUCCUAUCGCAGAUUCGCGAUUUAAUUUGCUGUUGCAACCGAUGAAGCGGAUGGUCGACGGCCCAUGAUAACUUGCGCGGAAAACGAGGCACUUCCAAGCUGGGACGCCGAUGACUGCUUUGUCAUGAUGCUAGGAAAAUCAAAAGACACCAACUCGCCGGAAAGCCGGUUGGACCAACACCUAUGUUCUGGGUUCUGGGCAUCGUUCGGCCGUAAUCCUCUCGGCAUGCUUAUGGCGAAUUAGGAAACGGCAGUCGUACCUGCCACUUCCCGAAGAGUGUCAUAUAAGGUCUUAACUCUGUAACUGGGUGAUGAAGGCAUGCAUGCUCGCGAUUUUGUCCGGAGUAAAGCUCCCUAUGGUGUGGCAGCAGAGUGAAAGAGGGAUUGUGACAGUGGGAUGGUCAUCCGAUGCAUCAGCAGUGGGUUAUUUGCUCGUUCGUGUAGUUUAUUCUGGCCAACACAUGUGUAUCUCCAGGAAAUUGGAAAUACUGCAUCCUGGAGUCCAGAUGAUUUCCGCUGUUGGUUUGGAUGCCGGGGAUAUGGAAUUGGUCUAUGGGGUGAGCAAUACAGAUCUGGCGGAAAGUGGGGAGACAGGAUCGCCUCACGACUGCAAUAUUCCUACUGAUCAUUAAAAGAAGGAAACGUGGGGCGAAACUCCGUAGGGAAGGCAGAGGACGCGUGGCUCAUCAUCAUCAUCAUAGGCCCCGAGACCGUCAGAAGAGAGAGCACGAGCCCCCGAGGGAAUGUUGGAGGGAAAGAGACCUUCAUUACAGCUACAUUAGGUGAGGAAAGAUUUGCGUGAAUCUCCAGGUUACUCCGUCGACGGGUUAGGAAUCCAAUGCAUUGCAUUCUGACCGGACUUUGCCUUUGGCAAAGAAAAGUUGGCGAGCAACUUCAACACAUCCCCGUUUU